CCCUCCCUCCCCUUCCUCACUGUUGACUCCCUCUCCUCCUCCUCCUCCUCCUUCUCUCUUCCUUUCCUCAGACCAAACCAGAUCAUUAUCAGAAGAGACAGCACACUGCAGAUAAACCUCCACAUAGUGAAAUGGCCUCUCGUGUACCAUCCUACAUUCGUACCACCGCCAAAGCAGCGUCUGCCAUCAGACGUGUUCCCAUCACCAACACCGUUCAGAAUGCUUCGUCUUUGAAGCUCCGCCCCAUUCACAUCCCCACGGACAAUCAGGGAUCCCUGGGACCUCGACCAGCAUGGGGUGCCGGCGCGGAGGUACCUCAGACUGUCGUUCCAGUAGUUGGCGGCGGUGGUAGUGCUGCUGAGGAUGUCGCUGGGCAUCAGAUACCACAGCAGCAGCCACAAAGAGCCCUCGAUAGACUGCCAAACAGGGAUCUUCUCCGCAGCAUUGCUAUUCAGACUGCCAUGUCCCGCCCCUUUCUCAUGGAUAUUGCCUCUAGUCUGCUCAAAUCGAACCUCAAGGUCAUCACGGGCAAUCCGGUCCUGAACUACCUUCUCGACAACAUCUUCUAUGCCCAGUUCUGCGCCGGCCGUAACGAGGCUGAGGUCAGACAGACCGUCUCAGGGCUCAAGGCCAUGGGAUACCGCGGUGCCAUUCUCUCCUACGCCAAGGAGGUCGACACACACCACAAUAUCGACCAGACAGGCACUCCAGCCGAGAUGGAGACCCUGCACCGCAAGCAGGUCGCCCAGUGGCUCGAUGGCACUCUCAAAACCAUUCAGUACUCCAGCUCUGGUGAUCUCAUUGCUAUCAAGUACUCUGGUGCCGGGCAGGGGGCUGUCCAGCUGCUCGAGAAGGGUGCAGUUAUCGACCCUGUCCUUGCCGAUGCUCUUGAGCAAAUUUGUGUCCAAGCAAAGCAGAACAACGUCAGGGUUUGCGUUGAUGCCGAGCACUACUCCCAGAAGAAGAGCAUCGAUGCCUGGACCAUGGACCUCAUGCAGAGAUACAACACGGAUGGUGAGACCGUCAUCUACAACACAUAUCAGAUGUACCUCAAGGAUUCUCCAGCUACCCUGGCCAUGCACCUGCAGCGAGCCAAGCAAGAAGGAUUCACCCUCGGUGUCAAGCUCGUGCGAGGUGCUUACAUCAACUCUGACCCUCGCCAUGUCAUCUUCGAUACCAAGGAGCAGACUGAUAAUGCCUUUGACGAAGCAGCUCAUAUGCUGGCCACCCAGCACAUCGAAGACCACUCCGCUCCCAAGAUAAGCCUGGUGCUCGCCAGUCACAACAAGGAGAGCACUAACAAGAUCCGUGCCCUACGCCAGGACCAGAUCCGCCACGGCCUUCCCCUUGCUGACGUCGUCUACUCCCAGCUUAUGGGAAUGGCCGAUGAGCUCUCCAUGAGCAUCACCCAGUCCACCAGCGAGGUUGAUGAGGACGCCCAGGUGUACAAGUACGUCGUCUGGGGCUCCACCGAGGAGUGUGUCAUGUACCUCCUUCGUCGCGCAGAAGAGAACCGAGAUGCCAUCGAACGCUCAACUGCCAGCCAGACUGCCCUCUGGAAGGAACUCCGAAGCCGAAUUGCCUUCUAAUUCUCUCGACAAUACUAUCGUCGCUUUUAUCAUGUCUCUCCCUUGUUCUUUUGAUUUCAUUUGAUGAUACACUCAGCGCCAUUCGGCCAGUGUAGGACGCGGAAGGCGAUCCAGGGAACCAUCCGGGCCCCUUUACCUUUUCCCUUUCAUUUGUAUAUCUCGACUUUUUUUUGGUCUUCGCUUGUCUUUUAUCUUUCAGCGUUCCGUAUGGCGUUCUGGGUCAUUUCUAUGGGGAUAUAUCCUUGUUGCUUUUGGGAGCAUGCGAGCAUCUGGCUUUUCACAACGGCAAAAAAACAUGGGAAUUGUUUUCAUAGUUUAUCACCUUCUGCAGCACGAUAGACUGAAGGGUUCGCAUGUUGUAAUAGACGUUUAAGUCUUAGAUUAAUCAGAAUCAUUUCCAAGCUUAACCACUUCUCUUUCAAUUGAGCGUUGAUUCAUAUUCAGAAUGGAUGUUCGAUGUUUGACGUUGACCUUUUCGGGCGUUGCGAAUCUCUGGCCCCUCAGUCUUGGCAUAGAAAAUAGUUAAUCCGGACGUAAACAGUGCAAACAUGACGUAAGCAUCCGCCCAGCAGGAUUACCUAAGGAAAAAAAGAGAAUAUUAAAGGUAAAAGAUUGUAUCCUGAUAGAUA